AUGUCACCAAGUUUACAGACCUGCCCGCUCCCGGUUAUUGAACACAUCGUUGAGCUGCUAGACUUGGCUGACAUUCGCAAUCUACGACUUAGCUGCGCAACUCUGGCUACGAAAGCCUGUGGCAGGUUUUUUGAGUCCUUGUAUGUCGAUCUAACAACGGAUUCUCUCCUCGCCUUUGCGGAAGCAACGCGGACAGAAAGUCCCUUGUCCAAGGUGAACACAUUGCAUCUGGUCGGUACCAUUCGUGAGCUUGACGAUAGCACGGUUCACUCGUGGGAAAGAAAAUUCAGCUGCAGUGCUCAAACCGAAGACCAAGUUCAGCUGCUCAGUCAAGCAUUCGAUAGACUCGGGAAAUACAACAAAGACGGCAUUCUGCCGUCGCUUUCACUACGAGUCUCAAUUCUAAGGACAAACAACAAAAGGGACCUGCCGCGCAGUACUGUCCGAGGAUAUACGGUAGAGAGCUUAUGGCAAUGUACUGUCAAUACCUUCAAUAUGGCUAUGCGAGCAUUGACUGCAAGCAAAUUACGAGUUGCGAAACUGAACAUUUUCAAUGGUCGGGACAUGCAGAACUGCAGUCUGUCUUGCGAUCAAUUAAACAUGUUCGACUGGACAGAGGCCGGCGUCCUUGACUCAUUGUCGCCUGUUACGACACUGUCAAUUAGUCUCAUGGAUAGAGUAUUUGCGUUGAAUGAAGAUGAAGAGAUAGAUGAAGAUUUCGGCGAUAUUGGUUCGGAAGACGAAGCCGACUGGCAACCAACACGGAGGGACGAAGAGAUCAUGACAGCGUCUCACCAAGAGAGCAAUUUCAGCGGCCUGGCCAAUUUGAUUGCUAUUUGUCCCCAUCUAGAUGACUUUGAGCUACAUUAUCUAUCCAUUAUGUGGCCAAAGAGGCGCCUAUUUAAUAACUUCCCACGUCAAGACAUACUUCGGCAUGUGGCUGAGCUGGAUAAUCCGCCCAUGUUGAAGCGAUGCAGAAUACGGGGAGUUAGUGUAAGAGAGGCAGACAUGCUGAACUUGAUUGAUCGCACAAAGGUAGCCGAGAUAUUUAUCGAGGUAAUACGUAUGGAAGAGGGAACUCUUCGACCUGUCAUUGAUUACUGCAUUAGUAAGUUGGCGGCUGUUACCAAGCUUCACAUUGACACCGUGCUUGAGAAGAGCGGCCAAGGGUAUACUGGAUUAGUUCACUUCCUUGACGAGGGAGAGUCUAGAAAAUAUGGGGGCAAGUUCGAGGUCGGGACGGAAAUCCUGAAUCGUGAAGGCGAUAACAGGACAAAGCCUGUCAAAUACUACGUCCGCCGCCCAGUUGCAGAGGGGAACCCUGCUGUAUGUCACUGGAUUGCGCUUCGGCGACAAGAGUAUGGAUAA